UUGCAACAUCUCCUUCGUUCCCCCUUUCCUCCCCGAAAACCCUAACCGCCUCGCCGCCGAAUCGGAGCUCCUCCCCAUCCCGCUCGCCGCCAUGCCGGACGUGCAGCCACUCGUCAGCGAGUUCGUCCUCAAGCUCAAGCGCCGAAAGGUGGAGGGGUCCCACGCCGUGGCGCGGCAGACGGCGGAGCUGCUGCGGUCGGUGGUGUCGCAGCACCGCAUGGGCAGCACCAACCAGGCGGCGGCGCUCGCGGACGCCAUCCGCGGCGUCGGGGAGCAGCUCAUCGCCGCCAACCCCAUCGAACUUGCUGUUGGAAAUAUUGUGAGACGUGUUUUGCAUAUAAUAAAAGAGGAGGAUAUAUCUUCUACAGCAGUUGGUAUUGAAGGACUCUCAGUGACUGCUGACAGUGAUGAUGAAUAUGACAGCGGAAAUGAUGAUCACCCUACCUUAUCUGCUGCUGUCCUUGCUGCCCAUGCUAGAAAUGCCCUCCGGGCACCGUCUUUGCAGACACUUCUGGAAGAUAUUCCUGUGAACACUGGACUUUCUCGUUCUGCAUCGUCGACUGGGGACUCUGAUGGGAAAUCUGGAGAUAAGAGCUCAAAAUCUAGGAAACUCAAGCAUGAUGUGAUUGCAGCCAUUGGUGAUCUAAUUGAUGAGAUUGAUACGUGCUAUGACCAGAUUUCUGAGCAAGCUGUGGAACAUAUUCACCAGAAUGAAGUAAUUCUAACUCUAGGUCGCUCUAGGACUGUGAAAGAAUUUCUGUAUGCUGCUAAGGAGAAAAAACGAUCAUUUCGUGUAUUUGUUGCUGAAGGUGCUCCAAGAUAUCAGGGACAUGUUCUUGCAAAAGAGCUGGUUGAGAAGGGUGUACAAACUACUGUUAUAACAGACUCUGCAGUCUUUGCUAUGAUCUCCCGUGUUAACAUGGUUAUAGUUGGAGCACAUGCCAUAAUGGCAAAUGGUGGUGUUAUUGCGCCGGUAGGAAUGAAUAUGGUUGCUCUCGCUGCUCAAAGGCAUGCUGUGCCCUUUGUUGUUGUUGCUGGCAGUCACAAGCUGUGUCCUUUGUAUCCACACAACCCGGAGGUUUUACUGAAUGAACUUAAAUCACCAUCUGAUCUGCUUGACUUUGGCGAAUUCUCAAAUUGCAUGAACUGCAGUACUCAGGAUGGCACUCUUCUGAAUGUUGUCAAUCCAACAUUUGACUAUGUGCCACCAAAGCUUGUGAGCCUUUUCAUCACUGAUACUGGAGGGCACAGUCCAUCGUACAUGUACCGCCUUAUUGCUGAGUAUUACUCGGCUGAUGACUUGGUAGUGCGGCGGAAGUCGACAUCUUCAUAGAACAGAAAGAAGGCACACCAGGCUCAGUGUGUGAUCGUUUUGAAGGUAUCUAGGAUGUGCACAAGUGCCGUUGGUCGGAGAUGUUGAAUCAGCUGUUUUGAUCUUGAAGUUGAAUUCUGUAAUUACCAUCCGACUGCAAUCGAUCAAUCUGGGAAAACUCCUUCCAAUAACUUCAAAUCAUUGCAGCAUUUUGAGUGUAGACUGUUGAGGCAAUGGGGGCGUGACGGAUGCCUGAAUGAAUUGAAUUGUAUAAACUAUAGAAAGCUACAUAGGUGAUGCAGGGUGUAGAAUGUGGCCGUUUUCUGUCUGUGCAUCCUGUGAUCUUGCUAAAAGUCUAAUUUUUGUCUGUUCUUGAGUGACAAAUGUUUCAUGCCAGUGUUAAAAAAAAAGCCAACACACUGAUGGACUUCGCUGAAGAAUUUUUCUUAUA